GGAACACUGAUCUAUAUACAAGACACCACUGAAUGACAACAAGUAUGAGGCAUUUGGUUUGGUCGAGCUUUCUGAUGUCAUGUUUGGUUAAUGAAUGCCUGAGUCUUGUCUGCCUCAAUUGCUCCUCCACACUUUCGCCACGUGACUGCACUGACGUCACGACUUGUGCGUCAAAUGAGGUUUGCUUUGCCGACAUACUGUCCACCGCAGAUGGAAUCAAACAUGUGUAUGGAUGUAGAAGUGCCAUGCAAUGUGGAGUAGCCAUCGUUGGAAAACGAUCCAACAGUAACUGCUCUCAAUGCUGCCAAGGUGAUCUAUGUAAUGCAUUUCUUUGUGGUGAAACUGACGGCCUAACGACUUCGGGGCCCGUGUGUUACUCCUGUGGAGAACGGCCUAACUCCGAUGGAUGCAGCAAAAUCCGACAAUGUGACAGGGAUCAAGUUUGCGAGCUUUAUCCGAGCAUUACUUCGAUAUCCCAUCGACUGGUUUAUUCCACAGACUGUCAAAGUAGAACAAUCUGUGAAAGUCGGAUAAAGGCAACCAACAGUUUUCAUCCAGGUAAUGUCUGUGGCUCUAUAUGUUGCGACACCAAUUUGUGCAAUAAGGCCAAUUGUGCUAACACAACCAUUACAGUCUCGGGGGAUGCGAUAAUAUGCGAGGGCUCGAGUGGUUACAUCCAGUGUCCCCCUGGCAAGAAAAUAGCAGUUUCUGACGCUUACUACGGAAGGACAAAUGACGGAUCUGUUUGCCCCUUUUCAUCUAUAUUCGACCUCAACUGCCGCGCUGCCGACUCCUUUACCAAGAUUAAUAACACUUGCAGCAAUAAACAGCAAUGUUUCCUGACGGCGACGAACGCAAUGUACGGAGAUCCAUGUUCUGGCACGUACAAAUACAUCGAAGUGAAAUUCACCUGUGUGGUCGUAGUCUGAGCGCAUAUCACUUUUAAUACAAGUGUAUAAAAUAAAG